AUGCGUAAUUCGCUGGCAUGUGUCAUCAACGAAAUUGCGUGCAAGGAGCUCCCACACAAUAUGUGGCCGGAGUUGCUUCCAUGGAUGUUCGAGUCCGCUGAAUCGCCGAAUGCUGUGCAGCGCCAGACGGCCAUGCUUGUCCUAUUUUACGUGCUCGAGACGUUCGUUGACAGCGAGGAGCUGAAAUCUCACCUUCCCCGAAUUAUGGCUCUGUUCGCCAAGGGUAUCCAAGACCCUGAAAGUCUGGAAGUGCGUGUGACGACGGUGCGCGCACUGAGCAAGGUCGCUGAGAACAUCGACUCAGAUGAUCAGGCCGACUUGGCUGCACUGCAAAGUGCUCUUCCUCAAAUGAUUCUUGUCUUGCAGCAAUGCCUCGAUAACACUUUCUCAGAGGGAGUGCGUCAGAUCCUUGAUGUAUUCGAAAAUAUGUGCAUGCUUGAGGCGCCCAUUUUGUCGGCUCAUCUCUCCGAACUUGUGGCUUGCUUCGUGCAAAACAGCGCCAACCGCGACCACGAAGAGGAUCUGCGCCUUAUGUGCCUCAAUUCGCUUGUGUGGACUAUUCAGUACAAGCGCUCGCGUAUUCAAAGCACGGGCCUCGCCAAGCCUAUGAUCGAAAAACUGAUGCCCGUGGCUACAGAGGAAGACUCUGAUGACGUUGAGGAAGACACGCCUUCGCGUCUCGCUCUUCGCGUCAUCGACCAGCUUGCCACAGAGCUUCCCCCUAAUCAUGUCUUCCCGGUGCUGUUUGAGCAGGUGCAGGCUUACGCCAACAACCCAGAUGCGAUGCAUCGCAAGGCUGCCAUGAUGGCGUUUGGUGUGAGUGUUGAGGGAUGCUCCGAGUACAUUCGUCCCCACAUGAAUGAGCUGCUGCCAUUUGUUGAGCACGGUAUGAAGGACGAGUCCCCCGUCGUACGCAAGGCAUCGUGCAUUACAUUGGGAUGCCUGUGUGAAAUGCUGGACGAUGAAUGCGCCGCGAAGCAUGCUGUGUUCCUGCCUUUGAUUAUGGAACUGAUUAAUGCACCAGAGACGCAGCGUCCCGCGUGUACGGCUCUCGAUGCUCUGCUCGAGGUCAUGGGCGACGACAUUGCUCAAUAUCUACCGGCCAUUAUGGAGCGCCUGACCGGUCUGCUAGAGACUGCGCCUAUCGCCGUCAAGGCUACGAUCACUGGUGCUAUUGGCAGCGCUGCACACGCAGCCAAGGAAGGCUUCGCACCCUACUUCCCUGCAUUGAUGCAGCGUGUCCAGCCAUUCCUAGCGCUCACGGAGGAGGGUGAGGAGAUUGAUUUGCGUGGCAUUACGACAGACACGAUCGGUACCUUUGCCGAGGCUGUGGGCGCUGAUAUGUUCCGUCCAUACUUGCCCGACAUGAUGCGAGUUACGGUGGAAAGCCUUGCUAUGGACGAACCACGUCUGCGUGAAUGUGCAUACAUCUUCUUUGCCGUCAUGUCGCGUGUCUUUAAAGAGGAUUUCGGACCGUACUUGGAGCAUGUGGUGCCCAAGAUGCUUGCAAGCUUUAGCCAAUCUGAACACGAAGGCAUGGAUGAUGGAGCAGCUGCGCUUAGCUAUGGUGGUGGCGACGACGAAGACGAUGGCUUUGUCGACAUGGAAGAGCUCACCAAUUCUUUCUUGAAUGUGUCAACGGCCGUGGCUAUCGAAAAAGAAGUAGCUGCGGAUUCGUUGGGCGAGCUCUUCCAGUUCACACGGGGCGCCUUUUUGCCAUACCUAGAAAAGGCCACGGAAGAGCUGAUUGGUGUGACAACGCACUUUUACCAGGGCAUUCGGAAAAGCGCAGUGGCCUCACUUUUCACAUUCAUUAGUACACUUCAUUCGCUCUGCGACAGUCCUGCGUGGGUGCCUGGCGACACGAACGGUGUACAGCUCGACCCGAAUGUCGAAAAAAUUGCGCAGGUAAUUAUGCCCGCGAUUAUGGAGACGUGGGAGGCGGAAGACGACCGCACGGCUGCUAUCGAGAUUUGCCAAUCGUUUGCCUCGUGCCUGAAUAAGUGCGGUCCCGGUUUGAUUUCGCCACAGUGGAUCGAACCGACAUGCCAGCUAACAAUGCAAAUUCUCGAAAAGAAGGCGCCUUCGCAGAUUGACCCAGAGGCGGAUGAGGACGAAGAAACUGAGGAUUCGAGUGAAUACGAGUCGGUGCUGAUCAGCGCCGCGAUGGAUUUGGUCGGUGCUAUGGCCUAUGUGCUGUGCGACUCGUUCAUGACUCCAAUGCGCCAAUUCCUGCCGUUGCUGUGCAAGUAUUACAGUCCCGGUCGCUCUGUGACGGACCGCGCCACAGCCAUCGGCUCAUUGGGCGAAAUUACUGUCAACAUGAAGCGUGCCAUUACGCCCUUCACACAAGAUAUUCUCGCGAUUCUCUCACAUGCGGUGGGCGAUGAGGACGCAUCUGUACGCUCCAAUGCGGCCUUUGCUGCUGGUGUAUUGAUUGAGCACAGUGACUCGGACCUUUCACAACACUAUAUGCCGCUGCUGACGGCACUCCAGUCGUACUUUCACAAAAGCAGUGGUGAGUCUGACGAGCUGAAGACGGCUCGGGACAACGCAUGUGGCUGUCUCGCUCGUAUGAUGAUAAAGGACGCUAAUGCAGUCCCCUUGGAUCAGGCUCUGCCCGUUCUUUUCUCAGCCUUGCCUCUGGAAAAAGAUUACGCCGAGUGGACGCCUAUUCUGCUGUGCAUGAUUCAGCUGAUUCAAACCAACAACCCUGCGGCUAUGCAGCAUGUUGACACGAUUCUUCAGCUGUUCCGUCAUGUGCUGAGCAGCGAUGAAGACAUGUUGGGCGGUCAGCUGCGGGGACAGCUGGUAGCCUUCGUGUCGCAGCUGCACUCUCAGGCACCCGAGAAAAUCAGUGCGAAUGGCUUGGACGCCUUCCUUGUGUAG